CCCUGGUGACCGAGCUCCGGCUUGGGCAGUACCCUCAGGUGGGAGCGCGGGCAGCCAGCAGGCCGCAGCCAUGAACGGCACGGAGGGCCCCAACUUCUACAUCCCCUUCUCCAACAAGACGGGCGUGGUGCGCAGCCCCUUUGAGUACCCGCAGUACUACCUGGCGGAGCCCUGGCAGUUCUCCAUGCUGGCCGCCUACAUGUUCAUGCUCAUCGUGCUCGGCUUCCCCAUCAACUUCCUGACGCUCUACGUGACCGUCCAGCACAAGAAGCUGCGUACGCCCCUCAACUACAUCCUGCUCAACCUGGCGGUGGCUGACCUCUUCAUGGUCCUGGGGGGGUUCACCACCACGCUGUACACCUCCCUGCAUGGAUACUUCGUCUUCGGGCCCACGGGAUGCAACGUGGAGGGCUUUUUUGCCACCCUGGGAGGUGAAAUUGCCCUAUGGUCAUUGGUGGUCCUGGCCAUUGAGCGGUAUGUGGUGGUGUGUAAGCCCAUGAGCAACUUCCGCUUCGGGGAGAACCACGCCAUCAUGGGUGUCGCCUUCACCUGGGUCAUGGCCCUGGCCUGCGCUGCACCCCCGCUCGCCGGCUGGUCCAGGUACAUCCCAGAAGGUAUGCAGUGCUCGUGCGGGAUCGACUACUACACCCUCAAGCCCGAGGUCAACAACGAGUCCUUCGUCAUCUACAUGUUCGUGGUCCACUUCACUAUCCCCUUGGUCGUCAUCUUCUUUUGCUAUGGGCAGCUCGUCUUCACGGUCAAGGAGGCAGCUGCCCAGCAGCAGGAGUCAGCCACCACCCAGAAGGCAGAGAAGGAAGUCACCCGUAUGGUCAUCAUCAUGGUCAUCGCUUUCCUGAUCUGCUGGGUGCCCUACGCUAGUGUGGCCUUCUACAUCUUCACUCACCAGGGCUCCAACUUCGGGCCCAUCUUCAUGACCAUCCCGGCGUUCUUCGCCAAGAGCUCCUCCAUCUACAACCCUGUCAUCUACAUCAUGAUGAACAAGCAGUUCCGGAACUGCAUGCUCACCACCCUCUGCUGCGGCAAGAAUCCAUUUGGUGAGGAAGAGGCCUCCACCACCGUGUCCAAGACGGAGACCAGCCAGGUGGCCCCGGCCUAGGCGCUGCCUGCGACUGCGGCUGUAGGAGAAUCGCACCCCCACACCCGCCCCGAGCCACAGCCACCCACC